UUUACAGGAGAUGUUUUGUUUUUGGUUCUGGGAAUGACACACACAGACAGACACAAUGAUAUAUAAGCGAUCAUUGGUCUGUCGCUGUUCUCUGCAACACGAGGCUUGAAGGAAAGCAAAGAGAGGCUUGCAAAUGGCGGCUGUUGGCAAAAACAAAAUUUCAGUGCGCUUAAUUUGUUUCGGCCAAAGUGUAAACCGUUUUUAGUUAUACUUAAAAGUGCAGAUACUGUUAUGGCAAAGAACAAUUUAUUCAAAUGGAAUAAGGGAUCGUCUUCGGGUAUUGAUAGGAAACAAGAAGAAUCUGGUGUGCAAGCAUGGAUAAAGAGAGUUCAAGCAGCAUCAGAUGGUGCCUCCAUAGAAGCAUAUGGAAGUGCCAUCCCAGGCAUUGAGGAGAUAGCUGUCAUGCAACCAGAUGAUCAAGCUAUUUAUGAAGCUCAAGAGCUUGUGGAUAAAUGGAUGCAAGGUCAGCAUUUGUCAGAGUUGAACCUUGAGCUUGAAUUCAAGGAUGAAAAUUGGUCUUCUAAAGCAAAGCCAAUGAUACCAGCGUUAACAGAUAACAAUGAUGGUAUAGAAACAUACGGAUUAUCUGAAGAUGGACAUAUCCUGACUUCGAAUUCCUACAAUAAUGAUGAUUAUGAUGAUAUUUCCAUUGACUAUGAAGAAGAAGCUCAGAAGAUGUUCAGAAAAUUUAUGAAUAAUACAAAUGUUGAAGAGACAGUGAUGUCAGAUCUUGGAAUGGAGAAAGUGACGAAAAAGUUCAAAGACCCAAGACCCAAAAUGGAACAAAGGCAUCAAUUAGUGAAAGAAAGAAACAAAGCGAGAAAAGAAAAGAUACACAAUAUACAGCGGGAAAAGAUGAUGAAGAGAGAUGCGGAAGUUUUGGCUCGAAAAAAGAUCCAGGAAGAAGAAAAAGCAAGAAAAAUGAAGCAGCAGAAAGAAGAAGCGGCCAUUCAAAGGCAGAUGGCAGCUAUUCGCAAAGAAAUGGAAGAGGAAAGACUAAAAACUAAAGAAGAACAGGAGAGGCGACAAAGGGCUUUGAAAGAAGCUGAAGAGCAAGUACGUUUUGAGUUGAGACAAAAGGAAGUUCUUAAAAAGGAAGAAGAGGAGAGAAGAAUGAUGGCCGAAGAGAAGAUGAGGAGGCGCGUCUUGGUUGAAAUGGAAGAGAAAUCUUUACGGGAAGCCGCUGGAAGCCUGAGGCUCUUGCAUAAGGUUUUCUCGGCCUGGUAUGGUCUUGUUGUUGAUAAUCGUAUGAAGGUUGGAAAGGCUCGCGCCAUGUGUGACUGGAAAUGCAAGCUACGAGCAUGGAAUGCAUGGAGAGCAUACAUAAAUCAUUUGAAGUCGUGUAAAGAAGCCGAGGAUAUUGCAAUGGCGCUAAAGAUCAGAUACAGAAAAGAGCAAAUGGCCAUUGGUCAUGCCAAGCUGAAACUGAUGCGGAAAUGUUUUAUUAGUUGGCGUUCGUGGGCCAAGGAGCAGUAUCGCUUAGAGGAAAUCAAAAGAGAGCAGCAAGAGAGAGCUUUGAAAAUGGCGACAUUCCUGGAAGCAGCUGCUAGUGGAAAACUCUGGGGGAAUAGUGAAAGUAAAGUGAACAGGCAGGAAGCUGAUACAAGUGGGCCCCAAGACACAGGUAGAUCUGCAGACAUCAACGGAAAAAUAGACGAGAUAUUCGAAAAUGAAGAUAAAAAACGAAAGCCUUCUUCAAGCCGUAAACCCAGAAAUAGGCCAUUAUCAAUGACGUUUACCAAAAAGGACCCUAAAAAGUUUUCAGAGAAUAAGAGUAACAGACACGAGCAGUUGAACGCAUUUAGGACUGAAUCAGAUAAAUCGGAAAGCACCAGGGUAGAAUCUGACGAAAAGAAACUUCUUCCUUUAUCAGCGGAGCCAAGAUUACCGGUGUCUGAAAAGGGGAGAUCAAACUUAAUUAGCAAUCCGUCACUUGUACACUCUCACCGAAUAAGAGGUGCGAGUAGCAAUAACAGAAGCGUUCUUAAAUCCGAGCCGUUAAACGAAAAGGCAGAAACUGGAUUGAAUCUUGACGAAGUGGAUUCCGAAUCGAUCGUUAGCGCCAUGUUAAGUGACGAGAGAGAGUCAAAGAGAUGUAAGGAGGAAUUGCUUUCCAGAAAAUCGACAGUCAAAUCUGAGAAAGCUGCAACCAAACCAGUUUUAUUGCCGAUGGAGGAGAGAGCUAAACUGCGAGCGGAGAAAAAAGCAAUAUUCGAAGAAAGAAGAAAACGACAGGAGCAGGAAAAACUUGAACUACUCAAAAUAGAGCAAGAAAAAUUAAUGCUUGCUGAAAUUGAAAUGAAAAAAGAAAAAAUUCGACAAAUAAAAGAACAAGAGAGGGAAAAGAAAGAGCGUGAGCAAGAGAAACAGCAAAGACAGCAGGAGUACAAAAUCGCUUGUGAGAAGGCGGAUGCAAAUUACUGUUGUAUUUUGCUUAAACGGUUUGGAUUGGAACCUUGGAAGAGAUUGGUAGAAAUAAACAAACUCAAUGUACAAAUAGCAGAAAAGUAUUACGCACGAACAGUUUUUAGAAACUAUAUUCAAGUCUGGAGAAAUUUUACACAUGAAAGCAAGCGAGAGAAAAUUUUAUAUGCAGAUGAAUGUUUUCGAGUUAUUCUGCUGCGAAGGAGCUUUAAAGCCUGGAAAAAGUACGGAAAGCAUUACGAUAUUCUCGAAGAUGUGGCAAAAAGGCAUUACAUGUCUGCAGUCGUGAAGAAAUACUUUCAAACAUGGCAAUAUUACGUCACAAAUGAGAGAUUGGCCUAUUGGUCGAAUGAAGAAAAGGCAGAACAACAUGACGAAAAGCGUCUUUUAAAAUCUGCAUUGAGUCAAUGGAAAGCGUUUGUUGAAGAUCUAAAGGAAGAGAGAAAACGACAGAAAAGAAAAGAUGAACUUCGUAAGAAAGUCAAGGCAUGGCUGCCAGAUUUUUCGACGUAACAGGUAGCAUGUUGAAAUUCCUAAAGUUGUUUUCUAUUCUUGUACAUAAUGUUUUGUGAAUGACAAUUCAAAACGUGUUUUUGCUUUAUAGAACAUAUUGUCAUAUCUUUUUGUCUUCCUUUUAUUUCUGUUUUAUGUUUGUUUUGAUAUCACUAUUAAUUGUUAAGAAAAUUUGGACAAGUAACAAAGUUUCAAAAGUAAAAGGUUUGGUGUUUUGUUGAUGUAAAGGACGCACAAUGCAUGUUUGAAUUUUCCAAAUAUAGACGGAGUUAUUCCUCGUUAUACUUGCAAUGAUUUAUGUCUGCCCUCUAUUCUAUCAUUUUAGCUUUUAUUAUUGACAGCAUGCAUAAUAAUCAUUACAAAGCAAAAAAAACAAUUCAGCCUUGUUUAAAAUUUGCGUACUGUAGAAUCUUCUGGAAAUAAAUUAACAGAGUUGAACUUUGAAGACUGUUGAAGAUCUUACCGCAAGUUCAAAAUAAUUGUUCAGCCAGUCAGAAAGGAAGGAAAUCUCUCCUUAUUGAAAAAUAUAUUUUAUGAGCACGGCAUUACAAAUAUUUUAGCUUAAUUGGCUCAUACUUUACCCUGUCUGUAUGAUAUGUUAAAGUUAAGAAUGAGAGUCAAGAAAGUAUUUUCUUACUGACAGCUGCAGUCUCAAAAAACUAUUGUUCUAGAUCUGAUAUCAUUCCCAGGUAUCAAUUGUAAUCAGGAACACAAUACUUGCAGGAUUGACAGAAGAGAGGAAGUCAAUUAAAAAAUGUCAUCACAUAAAAUUAUAUCUAUUCUACAACGAAUUAUCUAUAUAAUAACUAAAGCCUUCUGUGUAUUAAGAGUUUAAUCCAACUAUUAACCACAGCAAUUUUUUACAAUUGAAUUUUGUUUCAAUUUCCCAAGAACUGUUGAUUGUAGGAUUGAAUGACUGUAUCUUCUGAUUGAUUGUAUGAUUGUAAGGCUGUAUCUUCUGAUUUCACUUCGUAUUAUCAAGCAUUAAACUAUCUAUAGCAAGAUGAAAUUCUAGCUUUAACAUUAAUGGAAAACGUUCGCCAUAUUGCACUUUCACUAGUGUUUGGUAUACAAAGCACCCAUGAGCAUGGAUUUCAAACUGCCUUUCAUUCAUAUCAAGUCUUUGGUAGAUAAAUAUUUUGCCAGACUGUCGAUGGCUCUUUGGAUAAUUUUCUUAUUCCUCUUUGUACUUCCUGUUUAAUUCGUGAGACCAUACACAAAGGAACCAUGUACAACAGACAAUGCAUACCAUUGCGAUAGUCACUAUGCCUCCAAUACCCAUUUUCUCUAUGAGGCAGAAGAUAAAAAUUGCGUAUAAGUCAUUGCACAAUCUGAGAAUAGAAAAUAUCUACCCAGUGCCUUCUUUGACUCUCUAUGGGUUUUGUUGAUUCCAAUUUUUAAGUGACUCUUGCCAGUGUUUGUUUUUGGCGUUAUACAUUCACAAUGACCCAAUAAACAAUGGGGCGAUAGCCAAACCUAGUUCUUUCUAAGAAGUUUUGCCUGUCUUUUCUUAUAAAAGAAAAAGGGACAAUUUGAAUUAAAGUUACAAGUAUUAAGAUAAUCUUUAAGAGCGUUUUAGCCCCAUUUUUAUUAAGGUUGAAUGUACAGUACCAUUGGAAAGAUAUAAUUAUUUUGGAGGAAGGGGCGCCAUUGUUUGAAAAAAUAUGAGCUAAGGGGAUUGUUCAUUUGAAGCAAAGUAUCUUUUUUUAUAUUUUUUGGAGGGGAAGGGCCCCCUAGGAACAGUAACAGCUACAGCACUGAAAAAUUUGAUGCAGCUUUGCUUAAAAUUUAUUUUCUUCGAUAAGCUUUCUAGUUAAAUGAUUACGAGUCUCUUGAUCUCUUGAUUAAGAAUCUCUUGAUCUCUUGAUUAAGAAUCUCUUGAUCUUUUGUCUAAUUUGUAUAGCUAAGUAGAAACAGCUAUUAAUCGCAGGUUUUAGAGAGGUUCGUUGAGUCAAAGUACAAUGAUAUGAUUGGAUUUCGAGCACUUUAGUUACAGAAAAAUUAUGAAUAAUAUGAGAUAGGAGAGUUAAUGUAAGGUAUAUCUUGAUUCCAAAAAGCUUUUUCUAUUUUGUAAUUCUAAAGGAUUUUCAUGAAGAGACGAAAGAUCCUGAAAGUCUUUAGAAUUUCCAUCUGCUCAUGACACAUUCUUCGAUAUACUUAUCAAAGCAGAAAAAUCUUUCGCAAAAAGAACAUACACAGGCCAUCUUCAUAGAAAGUGAUUUUUUCAAGUUUGUUGCCCAUCAUGAUAACGUAACUCAGUUUAAAGACGAUAUUUCACUGUAACCAAAAUAUCACUUCAAUGUAAGCAAGAUACAACAGCGUAGAAACCUGGUAUGUUACGUGCAACACAUUGGGUGUUUGCAUUCUGUAAAAUGUUCUAACUCUUAAUCGAUUUAGAAAGUCAGAUUUUCUCUGAUAUUCUGCAACGAAAGAUAAGGCGCAUUUUGGAUGUGACAGUUUUCCUCAUGGCCGUCAACAUCGGUGCCCACUCCACUCCAACCCAGUUUUUGUCAUAAAAUGCUCUACGUUUACAGCUGUUCAUUCUAUUUUUAUCUUGCAAUUAUUCUUUUGAAAUGUUGUCCAUUUACACUUAGUCAUCAGAUAGAAUCCUAGCAAUAAAGUUACCUACCAAUGAUAUGUGAGUAAUCUCUCCUUGAUUUCUCCUUUCCCCAAAUACCCUAGGAUCAACAUGCAUUUGGUUUCUUAUGCUUAGGCUACUGAUCAAGCGCCAUGCUCAAGAGAUAACACAGGCUGGUUACCAGUCUUCUGACGGCUUGCUUUCACGCGAAAUGCAGGUGACCCCAUUUACCUUAUUCAUGACGGUUUCCAACUCAUUGAUCUCUUGGUAAGACCUGUGCACUUGCCUUUAGACCUUGAAUUAUCAUUUAGUCAGUCAGCCGAUUAAAUACUCAACAUUUUUUACAUACCACAAAAACUGACAGUGUCAGGUACUAGUCAAUGUGAUGACUAAAUUUUUUGUCAACAUAUAAUAGAUAAAUUAAUCAUGUAAAAAAGACUGCAAAGAUUUUUAAUUAGUAUAGGAAAGGAGUUAGACAGGGAUAUUGUUGUGACAAACUAAGCAAGUGCCUAAUACCAAAUCUGACUUCAAAAUAUGGUUGUAUAUCGGUAACUGAUUGAUUUUCCGAGAUGGGCCCAAAAAGAUAUUUUCUGGAAGUCACGUGGUAGAUGACGUCAAUAUUUGCCUUGGAAUGAUCAUAAAAACGACCAUAACUUUCGACUAAGUUUAAAGCAGUGGCGUAGCGUCCGGGUAUUCAAGGUAUUCAGUGAAUACCCUGAGAUUUCUCAGAAAAAAUAUUAAAACGACGUAUAAAUGUAAUAACUAAAAAAUGUUUUGGGGCUAUUGAUUCUGGUUGAAUUCGUUACCUUCGAUAUUCUGCAUUUUGUACAAGUACAAAAUAUCACGAAAUUGAUGGAAACAAUAACGCUGCGACGCAUAGAGAAGCUGGGAGAUCUUUGAAGCUAAUUUUGAAGAUUGAGCUACUUCAUGUUGAAUGGAGAUCGGUCAUGAAUACGCAGUGAAUACCCUAGACGGUACUUUAACCAAUCAAAAUGCUCCUUUCCAUGAAUAAUAUUUGCCGUUAAUCAGCUAAAACAAUGGUCUUGUACGCUGAGAAAUAUGCAGCGUACAGCCUCAAAGUUGGUUCAAAAAAGUCUCGUUUUGAGAUCGAUAUAAACAGAUAAUGGACGUCGGAGAGGUUGGAGUGAUGGAUCUUCAUUGAAAACAGUAAACAUGACUUUAUUCAAAGCUAUUGCAGUGUCCGUAUUACUGUUUAAUAAUCAUUCUCUCAUUUGACCCCUAAUCUUAAUCUACCAACAGCAAAGUGGAAAGGAAAGGUAGGCUUUUACAUAAUGCUACACACUGACUCAGAUCUGUGCCUCUUGAAAUGCCAAUUUUGUUAUUGCUUGUCAAUCAGGAAUGCUUCUGUUUGUAUUAUGUGAUAGAAUUAAAUUAAAUGCAGAUAGGCCUGGAUAAUAUCCUUAUAGUUGCCUGGUGCAUUCACUUAUAUUGUUGGCCUAUUUUGUUUGCAUUAUUCGAGCCCAUUUAUUUGCUUUAUUGUGCAGUCUCGUCUCAUUACCUUCGAGUCUCUCAAUCAUCAACUUGUAUUGAAAAUAUCACGAUUAAGCCUUGAAGAAAAAGUCUAGACUGCAUCCACUGCAUACCACAAACUAUUUAUAACUCGUGUAAUGCCCUAUGUGAAUAACUUUCGAAAGCCCUUUUGUAUUAAGGUAUCAAGAGAAGGUGUUUACAGUUACUUCCUCUUUACAUCAGUGCAAAUUUUAGAGGAUUCAACAACAACUAUUGGGACAUAUUUCGACUAGCAAAAUUUUACUGACUUUCAAUGAUACGUUUUGAUUUGAAUUACUUUUGAUGAAAUGGUUAGUGGUAUUUUGAUGCAAUGAAUGAGUUCGAAGAGUAUAUUUGAAGGGUCCUUUAGCAAAGUAUCGUUUUCAUCAUAGUAAUGCCCUGACAGUGCAGUACUUGCCAACCGAACCAGAAAGAAAAUUAGAUAAAUUGUCAAUAGCUAGUCCUUUUAAUCUUCCUAUUAUCCCUCCUAUUUCCAUCAAGCCCCAUUGAGCCACACCCUGCCCCACCCUUUUGUUUAAUAAAGAAUACCCAGUUGAAAAAGUCACGCUACGCCACUGGUUUAAAGGCCUUCCUAUUUUGAGAGACUUGUGGCCUUCUUCCCCUUCCUUUUAUGCAGCCCUUGGUGCAUCAUAGAUACGAUGUUUCAUCUGGGUUUUAUGGUUUUGGUGAAAUAAUAAGUUAGUGUGCCCAAUAAUUGAUAUUGAAUACAAAUUCGAGCAUUCGAUUAGUUUUCGAGCAGAUAUUUGCUGGUGACCACACAGCACUGCGUUAUGUUCCUCAUUAUACUCUGAUUUGCAUGUCACUUGGCUAGACCGAUAAUGGGUUUUCAAAGUACAACAACAGAACCGUACAACACUGUUACAUAAUUAGCAAAAAUGAUGAGAUUGAAAAAGCUGUCUUACAUAGCUUUUAGUUAGCCUUAACAACCAUAAGGUUGUUUUUUACAACAAGGGUAUGGUUUUACAACAUACCUUCGCAGCCAGUUCAGACUCCAUUUUUCCCCUUAAAAACUUAAUCGACCGUUCCAAACUUAAAAAACCAUCAUUACUUCAACAGCAGCACCAACUCCUUCCUGUUAAUUGGGAGAGUAAUGAAUGGGUGUGUCCAAUGAUGUCACGUCUUUGUCUCAUUUCAGUGCUAUAUAUUAGGUUUAGUUUUAAAUUACAAAAAGAUUCAGCAUGUCUAUCAAUAUUUUGAAUUUUGGAACUAAAUCUUUUUUUGGGGUGUUGCUAAAGGGGCCAUCCCGAGUCAUCCCAUUCGAUGAUAGAAAAAAACAUUUGACCGUCAUCACUUCAACGGCGGCACCAGCUCCUGUGAAUCGGGAGAGCAAUGGAUGUGGCCAAUGUUGCCACGCCUUUCCUUUCAUUUCAGUGCUAUAUAUCAGGUGUAGUUUUAACGGUAGAUCUUGAAGCCGCAUAUCCUGCCCACGGCCAGUGCGUUGAAGUUGAUUUUAGAAGAAUCACGUUGUCCAUGUUUUGAAUAUAUAUAUUCCCAAAGCUCAAUUUGCUAUAAAAUUUUGCUCAAAGACCUUUCUUGAAUCGACGAGGAAUUCACAAGCCUAUUUUAAUUCAUUUUAAGCCUAGAAUUUCAUUUUCAAAAGCAAGGCUUGGAGAGCUUCUUAAAAUUCUAAUCUGAGAUCUGAAAUAGACGGUAGAACGAAUAUCUGCUGCUUCAGAUAAUUUUUUGCUUUAUCGACUUUGCUGCAGCCAAUAGUCCUCCCCCGCCGUCCAUUGACCCUAUGCAAACACUUUUAUCGCUUCCGAAGUCAGAAUAUUCAAGUUAAACAUAUUCCGGUUAGCAAGACUCUAACAAAACAGAAAACAAUAUCAAGUGCUAAUGGAAAUGAUUUCUUUUUAUACGAUGUAAAAUUUUUGUAAAUAUAUGAAUAUAAAACAAUCUUUGCCUAGGGUACUAACAAUGUUAAACUAGUGAGUGGUUUCUUAGUCAUAUCAGUCUUGCAGGAAGAAUCAUUCUAGGAACAACAAGUCUUUGUGAUUUAGCAUUUGUACCCAAUCCAUCUGUUCUGUGGGCGCAAAACGAAACAGCACAAUUUUGUAUUAAGGUUGUGAUGGUUCCAGGCUGCCCCGCAGUUGUUCAUCACUUUGCUGUAUGCAAACAUGUGGAUGCCAUUUGGAGGGGAAACCAUUUUGCCGUGUCUCUUGCACAUGUUGUCUAACUCGGCGUUGCUUUGAAUCUUAGCUUUGGCUUUUGAAAAACAGUUAUUUGGGCACCAGCUCUUAACUUCGUCGCAUGAAACAUGAACGCCAGGGAAACCACAGAAAAGGC